AUGUUUACCAAAUUCCCGCUUCUCCUCAAUGCAGCUCAAGUUCAGCUGCCCCGCACCGAUCAAUUUGAAGCCCUCUGCAAUGUCUUGGUAUAUGAUCUUCGUCAGUUCUGCAUUAUGAAGCUUCAGUUUGUCCUUUUUGCUGGUGCCGUUGCUCUUAGCAACGCCUCUCCUCAUCCCACACCAGUGGAAGUUCGUCAUUUCUACAAGCCGGAUCUUCCAGAUAGAGGCUACGGCUGCAAUUGCACCGAUACUACCCCGGGGCCACUCCCCUCCUCCGCUCCGUACCUUUGCCUCGACUGGAGGCUCGGGCCAAAAGUGCUCCCGAGAUAUCUUCCUCUCUCUAGCGAGCUAUCAUCUUACAAUAGAUUCGGUGGAGUUUCGCCGGGAGAGUUUCUGGCAAAGUGGUGGAAUACCACCAGUCAAUCAUAUAUAUACCCUGGGACAGUGACCAACGGGUUUUCCACCGACAUCAAUGGGAAUCCUAUCAAUGGUACCAUGAUCCUCCCAGCUGGUACACUCUUGGAUAGAUUUGGGGGUGAAAAAACUGGCACGUAUCUAUCUUCUGCCGAUACGCCGUAUUCCCAGCGAUCUCUCCCGCCUUCAAAUCUCAACGAUAACUCUUAUUACCCGGGGUUUCCCUAUGCAUAUCACGUCUACCGAGUCAUGCAGGACUUAGAAGUCGUCGGUGGACCAAUAGCACCUUGGUUUGGGCAGCCGGGACUUGGAACACAAUUCUUUACAGGAAGUGAUAAACCUGUGGAGUGGCUGAUUGCCAAUAAGUUCUUAGAAAGAGUCGAUCUUUCUAUUUUGAUCACCAACAGAGAACAGAAGGGUUGUGGUUACUGA